AGAGCGGGGCGAGCACGAGCUCUAUUUUUUUGCUCGUUUUCUUUCUUUCUUUUUAAUAACUCCAGUACUCCACCGCCACCAGUAGAGAGGCCCGGGGGAGGACGAGAGCACGAGACCGCAACACAAACUCGCCGCGAGUUGCUCAGUCGCAGGGGGCGGGGCGGGCGUCCCGGUCGGGGAUUGCGCUGGUUCGAUCCCCCCAACCCAAUCCGUUCAGGGGCGUGGCGAGAUCGAUCGAUCGAUCUCUCCCUCCCUCCCUCCCUCCGUCCCUCGCUACCUACCGACCUACCUCGCGCUCGCGGCGGGCGGGGGCGGGCAGGCAUCGCAUGCGGCGGCUCGGCGAGGCAAAUGCGGGUAGAUUCGCUGGCGGAGGUGGAGCGGUGAGGCGGCAGCCAGGGAGCGAUGCAGACGGAGCAGCAGCAGCAGCGGAGGAAGGAUUCAUCAGAGAUGGAUUUCUUCAGCGAAUACGGUGAUGCCAACAGAUACAAAAUUCAGGAAGUCAUUGGCAAAGGAAGCUAUGGUGUAGUUUGUUCAGCUAUUGACCAACAUACUGGUGACAAGGUUGCAAUCAAGAAAAUACACAAUAUCUUUGAACACUUAUCUGAUGCUGCCCGAAUUCUCCGUGAGAUCAAAUUACUCCGGCUAUUACGGCAUCCUGAUAUAGUUGAGAUCAAGCAUAUAAUGUUACCUCCAUCAAGGAGGGACUUCAAGGACAUCUAUGUUGUCUUUGAGCUGAUGGAUACCGAUCUCCACCAAGUAAUCAAGGCAAAUGAUGACUUAACCAAAGAACAUCAUCAGUUCUUUCUCUACCAGAUGCUUCGUGCUCUGAAAUAUAUUCAUACUGCUAGUGUCUAUCAUCGUGAUUUGAAGCCAAAGAAUAUAUUGGCAAAUGCUAACUGUAAACUCAAAAUAUGUGAUUUUGGUCUAGCACGAGUGGCGUUUAAUGACACUCCUACAACGGUAUUCUGGACGGAUUAUGUUGCUACUAGAUGGUACAGAGCUCCUGAGUUGUGUGGUUCUUUCUUCUCUAAGUAUUCACCAGCUAUUGACAUAUGGAGUAUUGGCUGUAUAUUUGCGGAGAUUUUAACUGGGAAACCUUUGUUUCCUGGUAAAAAUGUGGUUCACCAAUUGGAUCUGAUGACUGAUCUCUUGGGUACUCCAUCAAUGGAUACUGUUACAAGGAUUCGGAAUGAGAAAGCAAGGAGGUACUUAAGUAGUAUGAGGAAAAAGCAGCCAGUAUCUUUUUCUGGGAGAUUCCCAAAAGCAGAUCCUGCUGCACUCAAGCUUCUGCAGAGACUACUAGCAUUUGACCCCAAGGAUAGACCAACCGCUGAAGAGGCGCUGGCUGAUCCAUAUUUUAAAGGCCUUGCAAAGGCAGAGAGAGAACCAUCAUGCCAACCAAUAACAAAAAUGGAGUUCGAGUUUGAGCGGAGAAAGGUGACCAAAGAGGAUGUGAAGGAACUUAUAUUCCGCGAGAUACUGGAGUAUCAUCCUCAACUUCUCAAGGAUUACAUGAAUGGAACUGAAAAAACGAACUUCCUAUAUCCUAGUGCCAUUGACAACUUCCGGAGACAAUUUGCUAACCUGGAAGAAAAUGGUGGAAAGAAUGGAGAUGCUGUUCCGUCAGACAGGAAACAUGUUUCGCUCCCAAGGACUACUACAGUUCAUUCUACUCCAAUUCCUCCCAAAGAUCAUCAUAAUGUAACUUCCCAAGUACCCCAAAGGAUUCCAACAGGUAGACCAGGAAGAGUGGUUGGCCCUGUAAUACCAUUGGAGAAUUCAAGUGCAAUGGGCCCAUACAAUCAACGAAGGGUGGUCAGGAACAUGUCAGCAUACGCCUACCACCGGAAGUCAGACAGUUCAGAAAGAGAGCUCCAGCAGGAGCUUGAGAAAGAUCGUAUGCGUUACCAGCCAUCGGAGCAUUUUAUGGAUGCUAAGGUGGUGUCACAUAUGUCCCAUGACUUGAGGUCUUCCUCCUACUACGUUUCAAAGGCGAAAGCAGAUGUGGCCGAUAGAGCUACCUUACAAUCCAGCAUGAUGCAGGGAAUCGGCCCUUUUAAUGGCAUCGCUGCAGUUGGAGGUAACUACAAUAAGGUCGGUGCUGUUCAGUACGGAGUUUCGAGGAUGUAUUAGGUGCAUUGCCACUUCCAAUUUGCUCCGCUGAGCUGAAUUAAUAACAUGAAAGAGCCUAAGUAGUCAAGUGCCUGAUCGGCCGAAGAUUCGAACAGAGGAAUACAGGAUCAACAAUCUGAUCGAGGAAGCGUGGAGGCGGUGAAACUACAGAAUGUGGAAAGGACAAUCAUCUUGCUAGCCAUUGAUCUAGCCGUUCAAGAAAGGCAUGACAUAUUGCCAUUGCUAUCAACUAUUUGCUGCUAAGAAAAAGAAACGAGAGAAAAGGGGAAACGAUGAGCGAGUGAACUAUGUACUUCGAAUGAAAGGGGGACCUGGGAAUAAAAAUAGUGAGCCUCUGUAUAUACAGUAACUUGAUUAUAUAUAUUACUGCCAGAGACAGCCAUUUCUUUGUUCCUCGUGUGGUGGUGUGUUUCCUUUUGUAUCUGUGGGCGUUGGAGCACAAAUUCUUGACAGCAAGCGACACGUAGAAUGGGAAGUACAUUUUGGUGUAACAUCAAAGUAGCAAAAACAAAUCAACGGACGAUAGUGUUCACUCCAUUUAUUAUAA